AUGGACGCAGCAAAGGAAACACGCCAGCUGUGGGCACGGGCCCCUCUUCCUUUGCGCGCUGGGCACCUUGACGUGUUUCAGUCUAGGGAGACGUUUACCUUUGACGAAUAUUACGUGGGCUCAGUGCCACUGAAGGAGGUGACCUUUGCCCGGCUCAACGACAACGUCAAGGAAGCCUUCCUGGCUGAGAUGUGCCGCAAGUUCGGCGACGUGGAGGAGAUCGAGAUCCUGUACAACCCCAAGAACAAGAAGCACCUGGGCCUGGCCAAGGUGGUCUUCACCAGCACCCGAGGGGCGAAGGAGACGGUGAAGAACCUGCACAACACCUCCGUGAUGGGGAACGUCAUCCACGCGCAGCUCGACAUCAAAGGGCAGCAGCGAAUGAAAUACUUCGAGCUGAUCGUCAACGGAUACUAUACCCCCCAGACGGUGCCAACGGGGGGUAAAGCUCUCGUCGAUAAGUUCCCACCCUACCAGGCAGACACGGUGAGAGGCUGGUGA